AUGGGGAAGGGACGCAACAACAAAGCUGGCAAGAAGACUGCUGAUGACGAUCGCGUAAAGGAAGGGACUGACGUACCUGCCGUACCUGCGAAGACUGCUGCUGACAAGAGUCGUACGCCUUCGGCUCCGUCGCCUGCUGAUGUGAUUGGCCCGUUCCAGGAUCUCCUUGACCUGCAAACCAAUGCGGACCAGGAGGAUGGUCAUGCUGAAGAUGGCGUGGAUGAAGAGGAAGAGAAAGCAGAUCAGGAACAAAAGGGAGUGGCUGACGAACCGGUUGUGGAUGUCACUGAUCACGAGGAUGAGGAAGCGGCGUCGGUCGCGGCUCCUGACGAAGAAGACGACGGCUACUUGAGCGACGAUUCGGAUGAACACUUGGAACCUAAUUCGCUCAGCAGUGUCAUUGCUUUGAAACGUUUCUCACUAACCUUGCUGGUGCCGAUCUCCAGGAAAGUUGAAGUCAAGCGUGCUGCUGUAACGGUUGCAGCGCUGCUGGAUGACGAGAAAGACCAGUUAUCCCGGGAUGUUUUACAGACGACGACAUACCAAGAGCUUACGGCGACGUACUUCUCAGGCACACGUUACGGCCGCCUGCAAGUCACCUUCAACCGUGUCAGGGACGCGAACUACGUCUGGAACCAGAUCAUCAAGCACGAGUGCGUGAAUGGUGACAUCAUCGACCUCACCUGGCAACAUCCGGAGGACGCGCAUUUUCUCCGGGAAUGUAUUCUGAACCCAUCGGCGAAGGAGGUGGUGGUUAAGGGAGUGCCGGCCGAGAUCACUGCUGAGCUGAUCCGCCAUCUGCUGGUGGUGUCUAAGCUGGUCAAACGCGGCAGGAGCGCUUUCGCCAGCGGUUUCGGCUUUCAUCGCACUGUGGAUCCGGUCACUGGGUUGGAUACUGACCGCAUCCGUGCCUCAGCCCUCAUGAAACGCAUCCUGAAAGACCCCGCGGUUGUACUCACCUCCACAGGAGGUGUGCGGGAGGAGUGGGUGUGUGUGCAAACGGUGUGCGAGAAGGCGCAAGGAAAUCGCUUCGAACAGGCAGCGGCUCACGUUGCAUCUGCCAAGCACAAAGGGGGGCUGAAGACGGAUGGCACUGCAACGCGCGCCAGCAAGCACUCCCAGAAACUGGCUGCUUUCAAGAGGGAGUUCAUCGUCAAACCCACAACGAAGUGA